CACCUACCGCCUGGAGUCACGUGACCGACACUGGCUGCUGUUGUGAAGUUUGUGGAAGUUUGGUGAAACCUGCUACAGAGCUUCUUAUUCCAUUAAAACUACUCUCCUUCUACUUGGUUAAAGAAAGCAAACAAUGGCGGAAACGUCUUUUGUAAUCUCAAUUAUCGUAAUGACGGUGUUUUGGGGCAUUGUUGGAGGAGUGUUGCCGUGUUUUAUUCCUAAAGGACCAAAUAGAGGGGUUAUUGUGGUUAUGCUGGUCCUAACUGCAGUUUGCUGCUACCUCUUCUGGCUGAUUGCUAUUCUGGCCCAGCUGAACCCGCUGCUUGGGCCCACACUCAGCAAUGACACCAUAUGGUACCUCUAUCAUCACUGGAAUUAAUUUUUAAUCAUAUGCUCCUUGUCUAACGGAUGUGUGUAUAUGGACAAACAUUCCUUUCAUUUUCUCACAAAAGAAAAAUGGAAUCCUUGCAGUGCCUGGAUCUGAAGUUCAAUCGUCUUUUGAUUGAAAUAAUGUACAACCCGAACAAAUUUUUUUGUUGCUGUUGUUUUUAUGUUUCUAUCCAAUGCCAAAACCCCAUGUCCUUGUUUGUGGUUCUGUUAAUGUGUUUACAUGAUCUUUUUGUAUUUAUGUAACUGAAAGGUGGAAUAAAGAUCUUUAGAUGAUGUAA